AAGCUUCUUAUUUUCACUUUCGCUUUUGAAUGAAAAUAUGAACGCUGACGGAUUAGACAUUUCUCUGCCUGUACAUUUUCUCUCAGAAGUGAUCAAAUAUGAUCCUAGCGAUAAUAUUCGUCAGUGGACCUGUCUAUUUAACUCUCAUUUGUGCAAUAUUGAAUCAAGAGUUAAGAAAAGUGACGACAAUGAAACAAUGCUAUAUUUGUCUGUUAGCAAACCUGGAAAACGGGUAAAUUGUUCGAAUGCUCUGCAAAUAAUUAUAUCCAACGUUCGCAAAAACGACGAUAUACAAUGCAGUACACCAGAUGUCCAAACUCAAGACAACUGUUUGAAAAGAAAACGUGGAAGACCUCGAAAAUCUGAUUCAUCUGAAAGAAACCACUUGGCACUUCUUCCUGAAACAAAUGGCAAAAGAUACAGUUUACGUGGAGUUAGGAUCGCAGAGUCCAUAAUGAAUGCCGAGAAAGGGAUCGAUGGUGUUAUAAAUUCUCUGGAAGAUCAUAGUGAAGGUGGUAACCAAGUAAAUAAAUCUAUCGGUAGAAUGGACAAGGAUUUGAAUCAUGUGGAAGAGAAUGAAGAUGAUUUAAAAACAACAUUAGGAGCUGGUGCUGAGGAAUAUGAACAUGGCUUAUAUCAACACAGUCUGCCUUUGCAGGAAUGUUCAGAUGGAUCUUUCAAAGAUCCUACUUAUGAUGGAAGGAUAAGUGACAAACAACAGAGUAAAUCAGAUGAGUUAGAUGAUGAAAGUGAUGACAGUAUAAGUGAUUCCAGACAAAACACAAAUUACUGUCAGCAGUGCAGGAAGACAUAUAAGAAUUUCAAAACACUAAGAAAUCAUAUCAAAUAUGUACAUAAAACUUCUGGCCAACAGAAUCAGUGCAAAUUGUGUCCAGCCAAAUUCAAACACAAGUCCGUUUUAAAGCAGCACAUUGAUGAGAUUCACAAUAAAAAAAUCAGCUUUACCUGUGCUGUCUGCAAGAAAGGAUUUGCCAGAAGAAACCAGUAUAACCGACAUAUGCUCUGUCACAGUGAAGACAAAUCUAAACGAUUAAAAUGCCCACAUUGUGAGAAAGGGUUUAGCUACAAAUACAAUCUUACAAGGCAUGUGGAAUUGGUACAUAAACCAUCAACAGAGAGCUUCCAUUGUUCAUACUGUGGCAAGGGAUUCAAUCUGAAGGCAGCUAUGGUGUCCCAUGUACAACAGGUGCACUUCAAUAUAUAUCCAUUCCAGUGCAGUGUUGAUGAUUGUAAAAUGGGAUUUUCAAGACAGAGUCAUCUUUUCGAGCACAUGCAGCAAUCUCAUGCUGAUGUGGCGUUCAAACCAGAACAGUACACAAGGGGAAGAUUCAAAUAUGGGAGAACAGAUGAAGAUUUAUUUUUCUGUUCUCACUGCAGAAUCAGCUUUUGUUACAAAGCCAAACUUGUGGAGCACAUGCACUUUGCUCAUAACAAUGCCUUUCCUUUUGUUUGCAGUGAGUGUUCUCAGGGAUUUGUAGAGAAGACUUACUUAUUGCAUCAUCUCAAACAUGCCCACGAUCAAUGUGUGGAUGAUAAAGCUGUGGAAGAAGCAGGGAAAGAUGAUGCAGAGAUGUCCGAGGAUCUGGAUGAAGAGAAAGCUGGGAACUAUAAAAUCAUAAUGGUGGAUGAAGCUGGGGAAGUCCUCCAGAUCUGUCAGCCAAUUAACACAGAGACCAGUGCCACUCUGGAGGUACCUGGAAAACUGACAAAUACUGAGGAGACGGUGACUUUCUCAUACUCAAUGUCUUCGGAGAACCACGAGAGAACAACACAGUUCAUAAUCGAGCCCGGUUCUGACCAGACAGCUAUCAUCCCACAGGAAAUAGCCAGUCUUCUUCUUUCUGGUGAACAGACAAUAAUAACUCAAGAAAGCAGGGACGGCUCAGAGAGUAACACUGUUAAUGCUACCGACAAUGAAGACAUGAAUGCUGAUAGUGAAAACUAUGUUGAGUUGACGAAUGGUACAAGCAUAACUGAUCAUGAAGCUGAUGAAGACUGUCGAGCAAGUUCCUUGAAUUCCAAUUCAUGUGGAAGUAAACAGGUUGACAAUGUUGCAGACUUGAACACUUUGGACACUGAUAAUGUUAAUACAGAGCAAUUCUCCACUAUGAAUACUUAUUUGUGAAUACAAGUCUCAGUCACUGUAUGAUUUGUCAAAUGAAAUAUUAAUUUAUCAUAUUAAAGUUGUUUACUUAUCAAAUGAAAAGUAUGUAUCUCUCAAAGGACAUGUCGGUUAAUUAAUUAAAUUUUUUUCCUCUCUUUUUUACCCAAAUGAAUUGUUGCCUUUUACACCAAAGGAAUUCUUUUCUAGUUGCAACAAUAUAAAUGAAGGGGAAAAGUUUGUCAUUUUCAUGUUUUUAAUCAGUUCUGUGGAUUGAAAUGUUUUUUCGUUCCAUUUCAUCAUGGAAGUUCAUCGUUUUCCCAGAACUUACAAAGG